GUCGUCGGCUAGCACGUGCUCACACAAGAGAGGUGAGUACCUAAGCAAACGCCUCGCACCUGAUUUGAACCGCAAAUGAAGCUGGAGGGCGCAUGUUAUCAGCACGGAUCGAGCAACUCACCUCUCUGCUGUCACGCUCUCCAUCUCUCCACUCGGCGACUCUGCUUGCUGUACUCGUCACAUCAACUUCUUCAUCAGCACGCCGAAGCUAUUGCUGCCGCCAAUCGCAAACGAUUUCAGCGUCUAUAUGCGCGUCUCUUGCAAGUCGCGCCCUCUUCUCUCCCUCUCUCUGCUCUCUCUCGCCACCCCUUUCCUGGUCGCUGGCGCAAAACCAACCGUCGCCUCAAUCAUCACGACGUGCACCUUCGGCUCUUUGCCUCCUCAAAAACACUUCUCCACUUCUAGCAAGGUCAAUAUGGCCGAGGGACAACAGGUGGAUGGGAAGUCUGAAGAGCUGAUCAAGUCGGUGCAAGAUCUGUUCAGCUGCAAACCUACGCCCGCGCACUUUUUGAAAUGGUCGCCAGAUGCCAUUUUUGAGGAUCCUAUCUGCUACGCUGUGGGUGCGAGGCAGUACAAGGCGCAAUGGUACGGCAUGGCCAAGGCCUUUGCUGGUAGCGAGCUGCGAGCUUGGCACAUCGAGAGCGUGAAGCCGGACGAGAUUAGAUAUGCGCAAAAGCAGUGGUACAAGAUCGGCAGCUUUGAGAAAAUAAUGGAUAGCACCGUGGUGAUGAAAUUGGACAAGGAUGGAAAGAUUGUGCACUUUCAGGACAGAUGGGGCCACAAUGAGAUCGGCUCGAACCCUCUGACAUACAUCUUCCGAAGGCUGAAUGCCGUCACGCUUCCCCUCUUUGUGUCCAUCCCCGAGGGCGGCAAGGCUCACAAGGAUCUCUGACGUGCGGUCGUGUCAUCAGGAGACGCCGCAUACUCGCACUCCUUGGAAGCAUUGCAUUGUGGUCAUAUACAAAACGGCUCUGGUGGCGUGACUGUAAUCAGACCCCAUGGGAAACGUACCGGUGGUGUUGAAUCGGCGUGAUGAUUCAAGACCCGUG